GCUAGUGGGCGGGUCUAUCGCCUAUUGGCUGCGUCUGGUACCGCGCGCCCGAUAAGAGAAACCGGGACCUGAAAGAGGAAGAACGGGACAGAACCGAGGAGAGACGGAAAGAACAAGACCGAGUAGAGACAAAGAGAACAGGACUGAGGAUGUUUUCCCGUUCGGCCGCUGAGCAUAUCAGUGUCUACCCUCGUGUGCUGGUGUUAGAUGUGAACCCCCCAGGAUGGGCUGUGGUGAAGUCUGUACUGUGUGAGGCGCUCAGUAAUGUCCUGUGUCUAGGAGCAGCCACUGCACAACCGGGAGAACGACUGAGUAUAUAUACCGUAAGAGAGAGACACCAGUGCCUGCUCCCACUGCUGGACAUGAGAGGAAAUCUGUUUCGCCUCCAGCGAUGUCUAUCUGAGCUGAAGACUCUACCAGUGGAAGGUUGUGGAGCUCUGAGGAACAGGACGCUUUCCAUGGCGGUGUUGGACUCCCUGCAGCAGAACAAGCAGCGGAUGCUGCAUAACUCCUCCGGGGCCACACUACACAGCUGUCUUGUGGAGGUGACUAUUGUCUCCACUCGGCCAGGACGUGAGCUCAUCUGUGACCUGGAUGAUGGUUUGCAGGACGCUGAUCUGAGUACGUUGCGUCGGCUGCUUGUUCUCCACAUCUCAUCUGAGCUGGAGGAGAGCGGGUCUCCAGAACCUGAGACGCCUCCAGGCCAGGGCUCCCAUGUCUAUGACAUUGACAGUCAUGUCGCUCUGCCAGACGUUCUGAGCCUGGAGAUUUUCUUCAAGUCGUGGCUGCUGGAGCGCAGUGGAGAGAAAGAGAAGUGUCACCUGGUAUUUUCUGAAGGAGCCUCAGACUUAGAAGUCAUGUGCGAUGUGAACCGGCCUCUUCUCAAUCCAGGGCUUCUCCUUGGAGAGGGAGAUGGAGCGCAUCCUAGAGGGUCGGCCCUGACUGCCAACCCCAGAGUCACCCAAGCCUUCAAAGUCAUCAGGGUCGUAUCUUUAUCUGGUGUCUGUGGCUCCAUGUUUUAUGGACUGCCGACUAUCCUUACCCCCACUGCAUGCUGGGAGCUAGACUGGGAUCAGCUGGAGGCCAACCAAGACUACUUCCAUGCGCUGUGUCACUGCUUACAGUCACAGCAGAAUGCCCUUGUUGCUUGCUCUACUCAGCUUGGUUCCUCCUCGGCUCCUUCUGUCCUCUCUCACGUCCUGGUGUCAGCAGCUGAUUCUGCCGCUCUGCUUCUCCGCCCGAUCGCUGUAAGAGAACUUGUCCUCAUCAUGAAGCUGCCGCCUUUACCACCCACCAUGGCAGAAAACGCUCUUCAACGAGUACAGGAUGUGCUGCGCAGCCUGGACACUGAUACCUUAUAUAACCCCCUACAGAUGAGUAGCAAUCUAUACUGCCAUCUCCAGGCUGCACUCACACAGACACAGAACCCCCGGCGUCACAUCUCUACAACACAGGGAACAGCAGGGCCAAGCAGACAGGUAAAUUUUCCAGGUAGAAAAGCCAGAGCCACCAUUGCUCCCUUACAUUUUGCUGCUCCAGGUCUUAGUAAGCGCAAACAUAUAGAGAAUGACAGCCCGUCCCCCAAGAGGAGGUUUCUAUGUGAUAAAGAGGUCUGAACUGUAUGUUGGCUUCAUAUUCUCCAUUGUACUGUGCUCUUUUCUGUUCUAGUUUUUAUUUUUUAUUUAUAUUUUUUAGCAGAAUUCAAUCCAGCAAUCUCAUUGUGAUAGCACUGCCCUCAUACACAUGGGUCCUGAGGUGUCAGUAUAACAGCACUGCCCUCAUACACAUGGGUCCUGAGCUGUCAAUAUAACAACGCUACCCUCAUACACACUGGUCCUGAGAUGUCACUAUAACAGCACUGCCCUUAUACACAUGGGUCCUGAGGUGUCAGUAUAACAGCACUGCCCUCAUACACAUGGGUCCCGAGGCAUCAGUAUAACAGCGCUGCCCUCAUACACACUGGUCCUGAGAUGUCACUAUAACAGCACUGCCCUCAUACACACAGGUCCUGAGCUAUCAAUAUAACAGCACUGCCCUCAUACACAUGGGUCCUGAGGUGUCAGUAUAACAGCACUGCCCUCAUACACAUGGGUCCUGAGGUGUCAGUAUAACAGCACUGCCCUCAUACACACAGGUCUUGAGCUAUCAAUAUAACAGCACUGCCCUCAUACACACAGGUCCUGAGCUGUCAAUAUAACAGCACUGCCCUCAUACACACAGGUCCUGAGCUGUCAAUAUAACAGCACUGCCCUCAUACACACAGGUCCUGAGCUGUCAAUAUAACAGCACUGCCCUUAUACACAUGGGUCCCGAGGCAUCAGUAUAACAGCGCUGCCCUCAUACACAUGGGUCCCGAGGUGUCAGUAUAACAGCACUACCCUGAUACACACGUGUCCUGAGGUGUCAGUAUAACAGCACUGCCCUCAUACACAUGGGUCCUGAGGUGUCAGUAUAACAGCACUGCCCUCAUACACACGGGCCCUGAGGUGUCAGUAUAACAGCGCUGCCCUCAUACACACUGGUCCUGAGAUGUCACUAUAACAGCACUGCCCUCAUACACAUGGGUCCCGAGGUGUCAGUAUAACAGCGCUGCCCUGAUACACAUGGGUCCUGAGGUGUCAGUAUAACACCACUGCCCUCAUACACAUGGGUCCUGAGGUGUCAGUAUAACAGCACUGCCCUCAUACACACAGGUCCUGAGGUGUCAGUAUAACAGCACUGCCCUUAUACACAUGGGUCCUGAGGUGUCAGUAUAAUAGCACUGCCCUCAUACACAUGGGUCCUGAGGUGUCAGUAUAACAGCACUGCCCUCAUACACACAGGUCCUGAGGUGUCAGUAUAACAGCACUGCCCUUAUACACAUGGGUCCUGAGGUGUCAGUAUAAUAGCACUGCCCUCAUACACACAGGUCCUGAGGUGUCAGUAUAACAGCACUGCCCUUAUACACAUGGGUCCUGAGGUGUCAGUAUAAUAGCACUGCCCUCAUACACAUGGGUCCUGAGAUGUCACUAUAACAGCACUGCCCUUAUACACAUGGGUCCUGAGGUGUCAGUAUAACAGCACUGCCCUCAUACACACAGGUCCUGAGAUGUCACUAUAACAGCACUGCCCUCAUACACAUGGGUCCUGAGGUGUCAGUAUAACAGCACUGCCCUCAUACACAUGGGUCCUGAGGUAUCAAUAUAACAGCACUGCCCUUAUACACAUGGGUCCUGAGGCAUCAGUAUAACAGCGCUGCCCUCAUACACAUGGGUUCCGAGGUGUCAGUAUAAGGCUAGGUUCAGACUACGGAAUCUCCAGGCAGAAAAUUUCCACCCAGAGAUUCCGAGUGCGGCCAGCGCCGGCUGAAUCAGUCGGCUCUAGGACCGUGCGGACACUGCAGUCUCCAAUAGACUGCAAUGUGUUCCGCGCAGAUUUCCACCUGAAGAAAGAGCACCGCCUUUCUUCAGGCGGCAAUUUCUAAGCGGAUUUUCCGCUUCACAAAUUCCGAAGUGUGAAUUUGUGAACGGAAACCCAUUCACUACACUAGACAUUUUAGCAAGCGGAAUUUCGGACGGAAAUUUUACGACUGAAUUUCUGUCGGAAAUUCCGUAGUCUGAACCUAGCCUAACGGUACUGCCCUCAUACACAUGGGUCCCAAGGUGUCAGUAUAACAGCACUGCCCUCAUACACAUGGGUCCUGAGGUGUCAGGAUAACAGUGAUAUACACACACAGAUCCACAGCAAUGUAUGUAAAAAAAAAAAUAUUGUUAUUAUUAAAUGUUGUAUUUGUACAUUUUUUUUUUUAUAUUUUUUGUAUGUUCUAUCUAUCUGAGUAUUGGAGUUCUUCACGUUAACAUUAG